AUGUUUAUGACGCAAAAGACAUUGUCAGCAAACAGACAAGAAAGACGAGAAGACCUGGGAGACGGCAAAAGAUCAUUAAUGAAUGUAAGAAAUAAAAUUGGGUCUAAAAUGCUACCCUGCGAAACACCAGACGACACACGAAACGAAGAAGAGCACGAUGAAACAACGGAAAUUUUUUGUGUACAAUUAGGGAAACCAUCAGAAUUAUCAUCGGAGCAAUCGUAG